AUGUCGCCUUACGAAGAAUUUCGUGAACGUGAAAACGGCAUUCUUCACGAGCCAGAAAGUCCAGCCGGAAUACGCCCAACAAUAAUCGAAACAGAUGGAUCGACCCUAUACGAAAAGCAAUUCUUCCCCCUCCGCACUGCAAUUAUCGAGCGUAAUGAUACAGCAGCUUUGAAGAAGUAUUUGGAAAACGCCCCUUGGGCUAUCAAGAGAGGUCAUGCUCUUGGCAUGUAUUAUGACCCGUUUAUUGUCGCAGCUCGACACGAGAGUAUUAACGCGCUCAAAAUACUCUUGGAUCACUACUCUAACUUCAUGAAGCCCAGUGGGAGAACUGAUCUUGAUGGCCGUUGCUGUCGAGUGUUGAACACGGCAGCUCAAUGUGGCCGACUUGAGGCAGUCAAGCUUCUGCUCGAUCACCCUCUUCUUGACGCUGAUAUCCACUAUAAAUAUAAUGGAUUCACUCCGAUCAUGGCAGCUACCAACACUUUUGAUUGGAAAGAUAAUAUUGAGGGGAAAAAAGCGGUCAUCGACUGGUUGCUUGAUCGAGGCGCCCGUGCUUCUGACGUCGAAUACUCGUGGGACAGCUUUCUUGACCCCAUUACUGGCAAGUACAUAGCAAAGCAGGUUCCAGUUUUUACGGUCUUGAACCUGGCUGCAGGGUGGGCAGGGGCUGAUUUGACGCAACGCCUCAUUAAGAGUGGCGCUGAUCCUAACGUCAAGCUAAGAGAGGAUACAGAGGUCACAUCUCGCGUGGAUAUAACAAUCAUCUCUACCGCCAGUCGAUAUGCGAAUGUUGAUGCCCUUAAAAUCCUGCUUGAUUGCGCAAACAGAGCCGGACAUGUGGCAGACACAGUAUCUUAUUGCGAUAGUUGGGGAAACAUGGCCCUCCACUGGGCUUGUCGAGUAUCAAUAGAAGAAGAUCCUCGCGAGGUGGCUGAAAAUAUUAUGGCGGAGAAAGUGCAGCGAAUCAUGACGAUUCUUGGCCUGCUGUUGGACUGCAACCCAGAGACGAUCAAUUCACAGGACAUUUACGGAAAUACUCCCCUACACUAUGCAGCCAUGAACUACAGCAAUUACGGUCAUGAGUACACGGCUAUCUUUCAGUAUCUUUGUGACAGAGGUGCUGAUGCCAGUAUUCGCAACAAGAAGAGCGAAACAGCGUUGCAUAGUCUAUGUUCCUAUGAUGGGGGACUGCCAAUCGAUACAGCCGCUAUCGAAAUUCUUUUCGGUCACAGAGCGAAGGCUACAGAUACAGACGACAAUGGUAAUACGCCAUUGCACUCGGCAGUCAAGAAUCUAGAGAAUCUUGAUGCCAUCGAAUCUCUGCUUGAUCAUGGUGCAGACAUAGGUGCAAAGAAUCUGAAAGGAAAUACGCCUCUCCAUGAAGCUGCGAACGGGAUGUUUUGGCCUGGCGUAAUGAAAGAAAAGUACAAAAGCAUGGGCGACAUACUUCGAAGGCUUCAAGGCGAUGAAGGAUGUCUGAUGGAUAAGCUAAAUGCAGAGGGAAAGUCUGCUCGACAGAUCCUGAAUGAAGUGAGGAAGGACUUCCAAGAGAAAAUGGAUGAUAUCGAAAACGAAAGAAAGCUGUGGGAAUCUGAAAUAUGGAAGAAGAAUCACGGAUCAUGCUCCGUAGCUACCAUCGCGAAGGACUUGCAGCGAACCUUGGAGUCAAUUUGCUUUGGAUUGCUGGUCGGAAUAGGCAGCGGCGCGCCCUCACCACAACACGAUACCCGAUUAGGCGACGUAGUGAUUAGCCAGCCUCCAGGGACACUUGGAGGAGUGCGGAUCAAGGACAAAUCCGGCUAUCAAGGUGCCUCAAAUGAUCGACUCUAUCAGGCAGACUAUGAUCACGUUAAAUCGGAAAAUCCAACAUGCAACGAAUGCGCCAAAUCCCACAUUAUUCAUCGAACCGACCGAGACGACAACGAUCCAUAUUUCCAUUAUGGCAUCAUUGCUUCUGGAAGUGCGGCGGUAAAAGGCGGCAAGACAUGCCAGCGACUGAGUGAAGAGUACGGCGCAUUGUGCUUUGAAACGGAAGCCGUAGGCCUACACAUGUUGAAUAACCAACCCACGAACCUUUACAUGGUCGACAGCACACGCUACAACAGUGAAGACGCCCAGGAAAGCACCAGGUGCGAAGAUGGCACCCGACCUCUUAGCCUAGAGGCCAUAGAACAAUAG